AUGCAAUCUGCAGAUGAAUCCAACGCUCAGAGCGCCACUCUUGGGGGCUACCAUGUCGGCAACAUUUUGACACUGAGACUGACUGGCAUACACGGUCAUAUGCUGGACACGUCCGAGUCUGGAACCACGAUCCGCGUCCGCAUCGACACAGAAGAGGACUGGGACGAUGCCGAGAAUGAAUCAUUUCUCGCCGACGAGUCUCUCCGGCUCUUCACCACCGAGUACACCGCCUAUGACAGACUCUCAAACCACCAAGGCCGCUCGAUCCCCAGGCUGCUUGCAGCCGUUGAUAUCGACAUCGCGCCGCCCCCUCCAGGGCUCGCACCGGCUGCCGAGGGUGAUUUCGAGCCCUUCAAAGUCCAAGGUAUCAUCCUCCAGUACCUCGAAGGCAUCGAGCUCUGGGACAUUGUGAAGCACUGCCCGCGAUCGAGCUGGCAGGGCAUCGUUGACCAGGCCGUCGACGUUUUCAUGUUUCGAGAGGAAUACGAGUCGUUUGCCCAGUGGGGCAUGGCCAAGGAAACCAAGAACGAGGACGGUGCGGUGGGGCUCAGGAUGCAGAAGAUGCUGAAGAUGGACCCUCGCUGGAAUGGAGGACUGGGCCUGAGAAUAGCCAGACAACCCUCACUUUAA